AAAACGUGCUUCUCGGCUAGUAAAUUAUUAAUUCCAGCAAUUGGUGAAAUAUACGGGCAUUUGUCGUUGUUACGUGACGACGGAUCCCGUAUAAUAAACUUGUCUUUCGCCCGUCCAUCAUGUCUGAAAAGAAGUCUGAUAUGGAAAGGAUGGGUCUCUUUAGUGAGGUCGGAUACACAACAAUUGGAGAUCCCUACGUGCCACCAAACAGCAAGCCGUUUCACGAGCUAGAUCCGAAGUGUAAGCCGUUUGCGAUGGACGGAAGUAAGACGAGAAGUUCGACUCAGGCGGGAUACUUUAGUAAGGCGUUUGAUCGCAUCAUGCAGGGCGAGGCAUUCAGCGACCUUGUCAAACUGAGACGUCAACACAAAAUAUCAGAAGCCAAGAAAAACAUAGGCUCUGCUUUCGUCCCUAGCAGUGGAACCAAAAUGAUGUCUGGACUAGGGAGUCACUAUGGUACAUUAGGUGGUUCUGUCAAAGCGUUCAGUCCAGUAAAGAGAGAUGGGAGAACAUACAAAUCACCAGGAAAGAAUUUCAACACAACACCAGCAAAGAAAGGCACAGGAUAUGGGUAUGUCAACGUUACAAUCGGGCAACCACUAACCUACACGUCUGAACAAUACGAACGAGCAAAAGAUCUACGGAAAAGUGAGUCAGAAACACACAAAAAGAAGAUGGUUGGCUCAGCAUUCAAACUCAACUGUCAUCCCAUGGAUACAUUUGAUAUCAACCCGUAUCGAAGUGACAAACCGUUACCUCCUCUCAAGGAGGCAAAACAGUCGAAAGAAGCUGUGAAGCCGUUCAAGCCGAGUUCACCGGCUAAAGCUAUUGGUGGUAUGAAAGCAGGAACGUUUGAGCCUUAUCCGACCUAUUCAAGUGACCCCUACAUAAAGAACCCAGCAAAACGUAUAAUGGGAGACGAAAAGAAGAAGAUCUUCACACCACCGGCUGUGCCAAAGAGUCGACCAACAAAGUCAAUUGUUGCACAAAACGUUGUGAGGAGAAUGAACAGAGGAAACUUCAAGGCAGUCGGUCCCGUCUCCUAACCCACCAUAAUUCCCUAAAUCUUAAGUUAAACGCAACUUGUAAUUGACAUCGACCAGUUGUGACUGUAAUAUGAUGCUGCAUUUAUAGAGCAGACAUGGAGCUUGCACGCAGCUCAAGACAUUAAUUACUAGGAUUGUGCACACUAUAUGUACAGUUUAGCAACUAAAUUUGUGACGUUUAUCAAAUUAGGU